UUUCGUGACUUCCUGGUUACAGCCGAGCGUUUGCAGAAUGAAUGUGGGCGUCGCUCACAGCGAGGUGAACCCCAACACGCGGGUGAUGAACAGCAGGGGGAUUUGGCUCACCUACCUGCUGCUGACCGUCGUCUUACACAUCGUGUUACUGAGCAUCCCGUUCGUCAGCGUGCCUAUCGUCUGGACUCUAACCAACGUCAUUCACAAUCUGGCCAUGUACGUGUUCCUCCACACAGUGAAGGGGACUCCGUUUGAGACGCCAGACCAGGGCAAAGCCCGGCUGCUCACUCACUGGGAACAGAUGGAUAACGGCAUCCAGUUCACAUCCUCAAGAAAAUUUCUCACCAUUUCCCCCAUAGUGCUAUACAUGCUGGCCAGCUUUUACACCAAAUAUGACGCCACCCACUUCCUGAUCAACACAAUCUCCCUUCUUAGUGUCCUCCUGCCCAAGCUGCCGCAGUUCCAUGGGGUGCGUCUUUUUGGAAUCAAUAAAUACUGAAGCGCCGACGUCAGAAGGUUAAAGGGAACAGGAGUGAAGAAAACCAGUUUCUGCCUCUUGGUUAAAUUUUUUUUUAUACAAGCUGAUGGUAAAAAAGCAGCACAGAACUGAACUUCGAAGACUUUGAGGAAAGGGACUUGCGGCAAUUAAUGUUUUUUUGUGGUUGUUUCCUUUAAAAAAAAUUUUUUUUAUUUCUCUGGAAAUCCAUUCCAGACCAUGAAUUUACUUUGCAUACAGGUGAACUUUAUAUUUAUUUAUUCAUUUAGUAUAGAAACCUUUAUGCAAAUGAUACAGUGAGGCAGAAUACGGUAACUGAGCUGAUAGCCACAACCCCUACCUCCCGAGUCACAAAUUCAGUGAGUCGAAUGAUUAAUGAUAAUCGUCUGAUAUCUGUAACAGUAAUGCACAAUAAUAUAGUAACAUCAAGACUGGGAACCAGACCUGCAAGAUCCAUUAAAAAAAGAUCUGGGAAGGGGGUAUUUUAAUUUUUUUAAGUUUAUCAACUUGGGAGUGUAUACUGCUGCUGCUUCAUGAGGCAGGUGUUGUGAGUGACACUGUGCAACAUCCAUUCGCUUAUGUUUAGUAAAUGCCUCAUUCUAGUCAGGAUCCCAGUUUAAAGUUAGACAUUCAUUAAUAUUUUGCCAAAUAGAGCCUGUUGGGUUUAUUGGAUGACAUCACAUGUAUGUGCAAAGAAGGAAUUUGUGAGAUUGGUCAGGCCUUCUGUAGGAAAGAGUGAAAUUGGUCAGAACUUUUGUAGGUAGUGUGGGAUCGUUUAAAUUUGUCAAAAAAGGAAUGGCGGAAGGCCGAGGAAUGGUAAAAAUUUCUGUUGGAGGGCAGUGGGGUUGGUUUAGCUUUCUGUGGUCCUAUGCGACUACUCUUGGUUGAAAGUCUUCGAGGAGCAAGCAGGAUUGGUUGAAUUUUCCUCCAGAAUAAACAAGAUUGGGCAUGACGCACCCCAGUAGCAGAUGGGAUUGAUUGAACUUUCUGUGGAAGUGAUCAGACGGGGUCGGGUCAGAUGUCUUUCAGGAGCGGGUGAGGUCGGGUCAAAAUUCUGUGUUCUUCAAGUGGGAUACAUUCACGUACAGUACUGUGCCAAAGUCUUAAGCCAAUGUCAUUAAAAACACAAUAAAAUCUGACUUUUUGCACGCAAAAUGACGAGAGAUAGUUCAAGACAUUUGCAAAGUACUAUACACGUAUGAAAGCAGUCCAGCGUACACGUCUAGAUUAGUAUUCACAUGUUUCCCCAAACUUAAGAGGAGACUAUCUGCACAGUCCAUCUCUCUCUCUCUCUCUGGUCAGAAUGAUCAGGAUACUGCACACUCCCAGUCUGAGUGUUUAUGUUUGAGUGAUGUAAGGCCCACUGCAGGCGGUGUGUGCUUUAUUAUUAGAAUAUAAAAGUAUGUUGUCUUGACAUUGCUGUCCAAUUCCACAUUCCUGAACCUGAAUUCUCUCCUUCUCAAAAAGGCCUGUUAAAUCACAAUAGGCACUUCACAAUAAAUGUUAGACAAUAAGAAGUGAUUCAUUAAUUUCAAUAUAUAUAUUUUUUUUUUUAACUGUCAGUGCUAUAUAUUUAACCCAGCUCUCAUCUUUUGGAAACCUUAAUUUGUUUCACCUUUGAUGUGCCUUGUUUUAUCUCAUGUUUUUCAUUUACCUUUAUGUGUAUAAAUAUUAUAUAAAUGUUAUACGUCAGGACUACUUUUGAGUAUCGGUUGUAAUUCUGGAGGAUGUUGUUGCAGGAACAAUCGAACGAUGUUGAAACUCUUGUUUGCAGCAAACUCUAGAAUUCGUAUCAUUCUACAGCGACGGUUCUUAACGGUAAUGAAAAAAAAACAUGGUGGUGUACUUUUCCCAGAUACUACAGAAUGUAAUUUAUUUGUAGCCAUGAAUGUAUGGUCAUGACGAAUGAUCACAUGUCUGUUCACGUUUCUUGUUCACAUGUUUUUUUUUUCAUUUAAAGAUUAAUAAUCAUAUUUCUUUUCUUUUGAUUAGUUAUCUACUAAGCUUAAGUAUGGAGAUUGAAUGAUGUACUGUAUGUACCAUACUGUUGAUUAUAAAUCCUCAUAUAACAGCAUAA